AUGGGCAGCUCUUUCAAGGUGCCUUUCCUUCGGCAUGAUUUUGGGCAAAUACACUGGGAAAGUGUAGGCCGUAUAAUUGUCUUUGGAUGGCAAAAGGAAAAAUAUCUUCCUGUAAAAAUAGCUCCAGUAAUCCUGGAGCAGGCUGCUUUUGGAAGUGCUAAAAGCAAUGUCAUCGAGAAUUUCCUGAAAUUUGUUCCAGAGUCAGAACGAGCAGUCUUUGAAGCAUGGCAAUCUGACUUCAACACUGUGGACAACGAAGAACUACUUGAAGUUUUGGAUGGCCAUAGCUGUCGUAAAACACCAACAGAGGACAAUGCAGAGGAAAUAUUACAAGAACUUGCCCACAAAAAACUCAUCCAAGAGCCUGCCUAUGUCAUCGAGCAGUGGGCAAGCAUACUUUCCACUGCUAUCAGCCAUCUUGAUGAAAUCUCCUCUGUGUAUGAAAACUUGCAGCCCACUGAAAGUGAUGUGGCUCUGACUACACAAGAACUGAACAGCUCCCCAACAACGAUGCCAGUGGAAAGAUCUGAAAAUACAGAUGUGAUUUACAUCGGGAGCACCAUCAAACCAGAGAUGUCUUUGCCUUAUUCCACAGAGAUACAUUCCUCCAACCUAGAUGGCAAUGCUUUGGAUGACAGCAACACUAUCACAUUUGUCACUGAAGACAUUUUUAAUGUGGAGGACCAAAGUGUGUUUGGAGUUGAGACAGAUGAAAUAAAGUCAGUGUUAGUGAUGGAGGGAGAAUCUGUCACACUAAACACUGAUGUUACUGUAACACAGAGAAAUAAGAUACUGUGGAAGUUUGGAGAUCAAGGUGUUCUCAUAGCUCUCUUAGAUGACAAUGAGGUCUCAUUAUUUAAUGGUACUGAAGGACGAUUCAGAGACAGACUGAAGCUGGAUCAUCAGACCGGAUCUCUGACCAUCAUGAACAUCAGAACCACGGAUUCUGGACUCUAUGAACUAAACAUCAAGGGAGGGCCAGGGGCCCGAGUCAAGAAAUUCAAUGUUACUGUCUAUUCUCAUCUGCUCAUUCCUGUCAUCACCAGAGACUCUUCACAAUGUUCUUCAUCAUCAUCAUCCUAUUGUUCACUGCUGUGUUCAGUGGUGAAUGUGGGUCAUGUGACUCUCUCCUGGUACAAAGGAAACAGUUUAUUGUCCAGCAUCAGUGUGUCUCAUCUAAUCAGCAGUGUCUCUUUACAUCUGGAGGUGGAAUAUCAGGAUAAAAACACCUACAGCUGUGUGCUCAACAAUCCCAUCAGCAACCAGACUCAACACCUGGACAUCAGCAAAUUCUGUCACACAUGUUCAGAAAUUCACUGCUGUGGUGUUACUGAAGCUGUGAUCCGAUUGGCCAUCACUGUUCUGGUGGGUGUGGCUGCUGUUGCUUUUGUAGUUUAUGACAUCAGAUCCAGAAAUGCAGUGUAAAGCUCUGUUCUUUGUAAAUCUGCUCUGUAACAACGUAUGGUAAA